CUUCGCUCUGGAGUAUAUAGCUGAUAGAGCUGCAUGCCGUCGCAGCGGUCGGCAUUCAGUGCUGACUGACUAUCCCGCCGCAAAAUGGUCGCCAUGCAACUGCCUCGUUGGUCCUGGGUGCACCUGCUGAUCUGCAUCCAGCUCUGCCUGGCACAAACGAUAACUUGCCCCAGCAACACCUUCUCGAUCCAGUCGAUCAGUCCUGGUCCCCUGACUCUGAGCAGCACGGUCCUGGUCAUCUACACCAUCCCGUCGACCUCGACCAUCACCAGCAUCGUCUCGAUCAAGAUCUUCCGAGACACCACCGCGACGAUCCCUGUGUCCCAGUCCUCGUCCACGCCGCAGCUGCCUGUCCAGAAUCCUUCGCCUGGCACUGGCCAAAUCUCGUUUCCAAUCCCCAGCAACAUUGUCAAUAUCACCAACGCAUCCGGGACCACGUCGUUCUUCCUGGAGUUUGUUCUGACCAUCCCCGGGACCCUUGCCGGUGUUCCGGUGUCGCAGCAGUGCACUAUUGACUCGCUUCAGAGCUUUGUGCUCCAAACUUCUUUAUCAAGCUCCUCGACCAGCUCCACUUCAUCGACCAGCUCCACCACAUCCUCCUCCAGCACAUCUUCUUCCAAGACAUCCUCCUCCAGCACAUCCUCCUCCAGCACAUCCUCUUCCUCCACAUCCUCGUCCAAGGCAUCCUCUUCCAAGGCAUCCUCUUCCACCACCUCGUCCACCACAUCAUCGACAUCCUCCUCUUCCAAAACGUUGUCUUCCACCACUUCGACCAGAUCUUCGUCGACGUCGUCUUCCACCACUUCGACCAGAUCUUCGUCGACGUCGACUUCGUCCAAGACAUCCUCUUCGACCCCGACCUCUUCCAAGACACCCUCCACCACCACCACCACCACCACCACCACCACAAAAACAACAUCGACCCACUCGAGAGCCUCGCACACUUCCUCCCGCUCGCAUGAAGGCGGUACCGGAGUUUCCUCGCAAACAAGCACCAGCUCAAGCGCCGCCACAUCGACCCUGAAGCCCACUCCGACAAAGAGAUGCCCUGCCAGACAACACGAUCGAUAUCACAAGGAACAUGACAAUCACGACAAUCACGACAGUCACGAUACACACAAGCCAAAGCACCGUCCACAUCAUUACGAUGAAGCGCACCCGGAUCGAUUCCAAAUCUGGGCUUGAGGGUUAGUGAGCUGCUCCGACUCGGAGGGAAUGAGGCCCACACGCAUCUCCCAAGCAUUCCCAUCACUUCCUUAACAGCACCUUUGCCCCUCCUCCGCAUGUUCAGCCAAACGGACUGCCAACAACACCCAACCCCAUGACGGCCCCGUAUCUGUAACGAUGUGAAACCAGGUGCUGGC